AUGGCAUGGCAUCGACAACAGGCACAAUUGCAAUCUGCUGCAUGCAGCAGCACAUCACUCAUCUCAACAACAGGUUCCAAUGCAAGUAGCAGUAGCAAUAGUAGAAGUAUUACUAUCAGGAGUAAUUCCAAAAAUAGUGGUACUCGUCGAAUAAAAACAACCGGAUCCGGUUCAGCUAAUAUUAAAAGCAGAAAUUCUACACGAUCAUCACAUGUUAACAGUUGCAAAUGUUCUUCUGGUGAAAAACCAUUUCAAUGUCCGAUAUGUACAAAAGCAUUUGCGGAUAAAAGCAAUCUGCGCGCACAUGUACAAACACAUAGCGGUAUCAAACCAUAUGUUUGUCAACGUUGCGGGAAAUGUUUCGCUUUAAAAAGUUACUUAUCAAAGCAUGAAGAAUCUACAUGCAUACGAUCAAUCAUUAAACUAAGGAAAAAUUCCUAG